AGGUCGCGGAAUUUGGAUCCCGUCCUUGCCUCUUCGUGUUUAUUUUAUUUUUCUCGGUGUUUUUCUAUAUUUUCUUUGUAAAACAAUGAUAGUAUCUAUUCAAAUAACGUAUUUACUGUUUGUUUGUUGGUUUUUAUAAGUUGACAGGAGUUAUAGCAAUAAAUGUAUUUCAUGAUUUGCUAAAAAAAUGAUAUCGGGGUCUCAGCGGAAAAGGCAACAAAGAAAUCCUCUAGUGUUCUUAGAUAUAGUGACUGAUGGCGAGCCAGCUGGACGAAUAGUAAUAGAGCUAAGAGCUGAUAUAGUGCCUAGAACUGCUGAGAACUUUAGAGCAUUGUGUACCGGAGAGAAAGGAAUAGGUAUUAAUGGAAAACCUCUGCAUUAUAAAGGAGUUCCCUUCCAUAAAGCGGUGUCUCAAUUCAUGGUUCAGGGUGGGGACAUUGUAAAUGGCGAUGGCACCGGAGGGGAGAGUAUAUAUGGACCAACAUUUGAAGAUGAAAAUUUUAAUCUCAGGCACGAUCCUGGCGUUGUGAGUAUGGCCAACAAAGGUCGUCCUCAUACUAACGGUUCCCAAUUCUGCCUGACGAAUGUGCCGUGCCCGCAACUCGAUGGCCGGAAUGUAGCUUUCGGACAUAUACACUCCGGUCUGGGAUUAUUGGCUGAUAUACAAUCGUAUGCUGAUGAUAAUGGACGUCUUACUAUCGAGUGCAUAAUAGCGGACUGCGGCGAGAUACUGAAUCCAUUGGAUUGGGGCGUGUGCUGCAAUGACGGCACCAGUGACAGACUGCCCGAGUACCCGGAGGACUCCGCCUGCGACACGCUGCCCGUAGAAGAUCUGCUAUCAUGUAUAAGUGGAGUGAAGCACAGCGGCAAUACGUACUUCGGUCGCGGACGUCACAAGGCCGCGGCGAAGAAGUACACGAAGUGCUUGCGCUACUUGUCUCAUGCCGCUGACGUGCUGCAGCCAAACCGCAUCGCCGACCCAGAGCAAGUGUUCGGCGUGCUCGCGAUGUUCUCGCUGCAGUGUAACCUGAACUUAGCCGCGUGUCACAUCAAGAUGGCCGACUACAGGUCAUGCGUCAAAUGCUCCUCUGAGGUACUUAACGUUGAACCAGACAACGAGAAAGCGUUAUACCGUCGUGCGCAAGGUAACUUUGCUCUAGGUAACUACGAAGCUGCUAUAGCCGAUCUGAAACACGCGAGCAAUAUCUCACCAAAUAACAAAGCUGUAAAAAAAUUACUAGACGAAGUCAGGGCCAGUAACAAUAGCUACAAUGAAAUACAAAAACAGAGGCUGUCAAAAUUUUUUCGUGACCAAAAAGAGGAAAGUAUCGCGAUCGAACAUAACUGAACUUAAAUUGCAAGUCGUGAUAUACAAAUUGUGAUUUAUAAUGUUAUUUCAGUGCGGAAUAUUCCAUUUAAAUGUUAAUUUGGAAUAUUUUGUUGUUACUUUGGUAUAUACGAUGUUGCUGUGGAAUAAUUUACUGAAACGUCAUAUUAAAAUAUGUAUAAUUUA